CCAGUCAUUGCCUUCAUUCAAUCCCUCUCUCAAUCUCUUCUUCGUACGUCAUUGCUCAGUUGUUAACAGAGAAGAAGAAUUAGACGCAAGAUCGAGAGAGGAGAGAAAGAAUGGAGUGCUCAUCGAGUCGUGCCGCAAAAAUACUGCUGAUGCUUUGUUUCUUCCCGGUGAUUGUCAAUGGAAUGACCCGGCAUUACAAGUUCAAUGUGGUGAUGAGGAACGCCACCAGACUAUGCUCUAGCAAACCAAUCGUGACGGUGAAUGGCAAGUUCCCAGGCCCAACGUUGUAUGCGCGAGAAGGAGACAAUGUGCUGGUCAAGGUCGUCAACCAUGUCAAAUACAAUGUUAGCAUUCACUGGCAUGGAGUUAGACAAAUUCGAACAGGCUGGGCGGAGCCAGCCUACAUAACGCAGUGCCCCAUCAGACCGGGCAACAGCUACGUCUACAACUUCACCAUCACCGGCCAAAGGGGCACCCUUUUUUGGCACGCCCACAUUCUUUGGCUCAGGUCCACCGUCCACGGCGCCAUUGUCAUCAAGCCCAAGCUCCACGUUCCCUAUCCUUUCCCUGCUCCUCAUCAGGAGCAGAUUAUCAUCUUAGGAGAAUGGUGGAAAUCGGAUACGGAAGCAGUGAUCAAUGAGGCUCUCAAGUCUGGGCAAGCACCUAAUGUUUCGGAUGCUCACACCAUCAACGGCCACCCUGGCCCCUUGUCUACUUGCGCCUCUUCUCAAGAUGGGUACAAGCUCCAAGUAGAAAACGGCAAGACUUACCUCCUCCGGAUUAUCAACGCUGCUCUCAAUGAAGAACUCUUCUUCAAGUCGUCCGGCCACCAACUAACCGUGUCCCGAGUCGACGCUGCUCUACACCAAACGCCUUCAAGACCGACACCAUCCUAGUCGCCCGCCGGCCAGACCACAAACUCCUCUCUCACACGCCGACAAGCGGCGGGACGAUACCUAGAGGCGUCCCCUUUCUUGGACACGCUCGUCAUCGCCGUCGACAACAACACCGCGACCGCCACCGUGCACUACGCCAACACCCUCUCCACCUCCGCCAUCACCAUGACCAAACCCCCGCCACGUAACGCCACCCCGGUCGCGAUGAGCUUCGUGGACUCCCUCCGCAGUCUCAACUCGAAGCAAUACCCCGCGAAAGUACCGCUGAAGAUCGACCACCAUCUCAUGUUUACAGUAGGGCGGCCCUGCGCUACCUGUGUCAACGGAAGCCGAGUGGUGGCGGAUAUUAACAAUGUGACCUUCGUGAUGCCGAAGACCGCCCUGCUUCAAGCGCAUUACUUCAACGUAGGCGGGGUUUUCACCACCGACUUCCCCGCGAACCCUCCGGUCAUGUUCGAUUUCAGCGGGAACGGGACGACGAACAUGCAGACGAUGAACGGGACGAGGUUGUACAAGCUUGCGUACAACUCGACGGUGCAGCUGGUGCUUCAGGAUACGGGGAUUAUUGCGCCGGAGACUCACCCGAUUCAUCUCCACGGAUUCAAUUUCUUCGCGGUCGGGAAGGGGAUAGGGAAUUACAACCCGAAGAAGGACCCGAAGAAGUUCAACCUCGUUGAUCCGGUUGAGAGGAACACGAUCGGGGUUCCCUCUGGGGGAUGGGUUGCCAUAAGAUUCAGGGCGGAUAACCCAGGGGUAUGGUUCAUGCACUGUCACUUGGAGGUGCACACAACAUGGGGGCUCAAGAUGGCGUUUUUGGUGGAGAAUGGAAAAGGGCCCAAUGAGUCUCUCUUGCCUCCUCCCAGCGAUCUCCCUACUUGUUAAGUUAUAUAUUCAGGGCCCCCAUUUAACCUUCCUCAAUGCGACCCAAAGAGUCUUAUGGCGGAUCCACUGGGCCAAGGCCAAUUGUUUCCCGAUCAAAUUAAGAAAACAGAGUUGGAAAAGUUUGCUUUUUACCCUCCUUUUUAUUUUUAUUAUUUUUUUGUUCCUUUUUUCCUUUUUAUUUUUCGUGUGUAAACUGUGGUUUCCUUGAAAUGAUAAAUCCAGAGAGUUCGCUGGAGAUCGAAUUAAUGCA